AUGAAAAGACGCGAUGUGCCCGCCUGCGAGGUCGAGGUCCCGGACGAUAACGUCGACGGUCUGCGGAUAGCAGCCAUUUUCAUCAUUCUGGUCGCCUCCCUCCUCGGCGCGAUCCUCCCAAUAUGGCUCGCCCGUUCCAGUAGGAUGCCCGUCCCAAAGCUGGCCUUCUUUAUCGCAAAGUACUUCGGCUCCGGCGUCAUCAUUUCCACUGCCUUUAUGCAUCUGCUCGCCGAGUCUGAGGAGAGCCUACGAAACCCUUGCUUGGAGGGUUUACUUCCCGACUACGACUGGGCAAUGGGCAUCGGUCUCAUGACCGUCAUGGUCAUGUUCUUUGUCGAGCUGGUCAUGUCGCGAUUUGACAUGGGCUUCGGCCACGACCAUCAUCACCAUGAUGAUAACAACCACAGCAAACCUCAUGUGCUGGAGCGGAAACCCAGGGAUCUCGAGAGCGCUCAGGCAGCAACUGACUCCAGUGAUGCCUCUACAGCGGCGCCUUCAGAAGGCUCAUCUGCCCUCGAGGUGCGGGCCGCCUCACCAGACCAUCGAGUGCUCCAGAUGGCCGCCUCCCGAGGGUCAUCGAGAAUUCCUGGUCUCCCGAACGAUGUGAGCUAUCCCCCGGGCGGGGAAGAUCAUCUCGGCCAUCAACGAGAACACACCGAGGGCGACUCCCACUCCGCCUACGCAGCGCAAAUGACCGCCCUCUUCAUACUCGAGUUCGGUGUCAUCUUCCACGGCAUCUUCAUCGGCCUCACUCUGGCAGUGAAGCAAGCCAACUCAUUUGUGGUCUUCUUCCUAGUCAUCUUAUUCCACCAAUUCUUCGAAGGCCUAGGACUUGGUGCCCGGCUCGCGACUGUGAGCUGGCCAGGGGAUCGCAGGAAAUGGACGCCGUAUGUUCUCGGCUUUGUCUUCGCUAUCAGCACUCCGCUAGCGAUGGCUGUUGGUCUUGGUGUCAAGUCAAGCCUGCAACAGGGUAGUGCCACCAGUCUCAUUGUGAACGGUGUAUUUGACGCUGUAAGUGGCGGGAUUCUUCUGUAUACGGGUCUGGUGGAGCUGCUCGCACAUGAGUUCAUGUUCAGCCCCGAGAUGCGUAAUGCAGGGUUUGACAUGCAAAUGUUUGCAUAUGUCUGCGUUGCUGUUGGGGCAGGAUUGAUGGCACUUUUGGCGAACUGGGCGUGA